AUGGCUUCCCGCCGCCUCGCUUUCAACCUCAACCAGGCUCUGCGGAGCCGUGCGGCUCUGAAGUCCAUCCAGCCCGUCAAGCGAGGCUUUGCGUCGCCCGUUGCGUUGCCGUCCACCACCCAGUCGACCACCCUCUCCAACGGUUUCACCAUCGCCACUGAGCACUCCCCAUGGGCCCAGACCUCCACCGUCGGCGUGUGGAUCGAUGCCGGUAGCCGGGCAGAGACUGACAAGACCAACGGCACUGCGCACUUCCUCGAGCACCUUGCCUUCAAGGGCACAAACAAGCGGUCGCAGCACCAAUUGGAACUCGAGAUCGAGAACAUGGGCGCUCACCUCAACGCCUACACCUCGCGUGAAAACACCGUCUACUACGCCAAGUCCUUCAACGCCGACGUCCCCAAGGCCGUCGACAUCCUCGCCGACAUCCUCCAGAACUCCAAGCUGGAGCCAGCCGCCAUCGAGCGGGAGCGCGACGUGAUCCUGCGCGAGCAGGAGGAGGUUGACAAGCAGCUUGAAGAGGUUGUUUUCGACCACCUGCACGCCACCGCGUUCCAGAACCAGCCCCUGGGUCGCACCAUCCUCGGCCCCAAGGAGAACAUCCAGACCAUCUCCCGGGACAACCUGACCGACUACAUCAAGACCAACUACACUGCCGACCGCAUGGUCCUGGUCGGUUCCGGUGGCAUCCCUCACGAGCAGCUUGUGCGUCUGGCUGAGCAGCACUUCGGUGCUCUCCCCAGCAAGGCCCCGACCUCCGCGGCCCAGGCUCUCACUGCCGAGCAGAAGCGCACCCCCGAGUUCAUUGGCUCCGAGGUCCGUCUGCGUGAUGACACUGUCGGCUCCGCUCACAUCGCUCUCGCCGUCGAGGGUGUCAGCUGGAAGGAUGAUGACUACUUCACUGCCCUGGUCACCCAGGCCAUCGUCGGCAACUGGGACCGUGCCAUGGGCCAGUCUCCUUUCCUUGGCAGCAAGCUCAGCGCCCACGUCAACAACCACAACCUUGCCAACAGCUUCAUGAGCUUUUCCACCAGCUACAGUGACACUGGUCUCUGGGGUAUCUACCUGGUCUCGGAGAACUUCAGCCAGCUGGAUGACCUGGUCCACUUCACCCUCCGUGAGUGGUCCCGCCUCUGCAACAACGUCACCUCCGCCGAGGUCGAGCGCGCCAAGGCCCAGCUCAAGGCCUCCAUCCUCCUGUCUCUGGACGGCACCACCGCCGUUGCUGAGGACAUCGGCCGUCAGAUCAUCACCACCGGCCGCCGCCUCAGCCCCGAGGACAUCGAGCGCGCCGUCGGCCAGAUCUCCGAGAAGGACGUCAUGGACUUCGCCAGCCGCAAGCUGUGGGAUCAGGACAUCGCCAUGAGCGCCGUCGGCAGCAUCGAGGGUGUCCUCGACUACCAGCGCAUCCGCGGCGACAUGACCCGCAUGCUGUCGUGA